AUGGUUUCAGGAGGUGAUAGAAAGGGCAAAAAAGGUCCCUUUUUCCUAGGGCGGACACCCAAAGUGCAUUCAGGAAGCUUUGAAGCUUCUGACAGGACACACGGUGGUGAUCGCAGUGGAGAUUCCGGCGCAAGCCGCUACGAAAAUUCAGACUCCGAUCUAGAUGAGGGAGCAGACGGGUUGGCUCCCACUAAUGCCAUCGAUCCCGGCAUUCCUUCGUUUGCAAGACGGCAAGGAAGGAGCGGUCAGCACGAUAAAUUGAUUGAAGAAGAUGCAAUGAGGACUAUAAGGGAUACAAGCGGGAUGUACGAUGAGGAGGAGCUUGCCAGCAGCGGAGAUGAAGAGAUGGAUCACAAGUACCGCGAGAAGAUGGCGAGACUAGCACGCAAUGGAUCGAGCUCGAGUAGCCACUCUUUAGACUCUCGUGCGGGCAAAAAUGUGAGAUUUCAGAACAGUGCGGUGGAAUAUGAUGACGAGAAGUCAAAAGCCAGUAGCCAGAGCCGCGGAGAACGCGAUAGAAAUGGAGAUCGAGAUGAAGAUGAUGGAUGCUACGACGAGGUUGAUGACAAUGAGUCUCUGGAGACGACCGAGUCAGGCAAGUUCGACCAUUUCAAGAAAUUUUUCCAUAGAAGUGCUAGUCAAGCACACAGAGAAAGUGGGCACCACGAAAUGCGGAGUUUGAAAGGAGACGAUGAUGAAGAUGACAAUGGAUUUUUGUCCAAGCUUGUUAACAAUAUGUCACAAAGUGCCGGACUUGCUCCGGGUUUCCCCACCGAUACAAACGGCGCUUCCAAUAACGAUGAUCUAGAGCGCGUAGGUGGCCAGGGUGAUAUCCCGAUGACAGAGUUCAAUGAUGAAGCACAGCAGAUUGUUCAACAGCACUCCGUAUUAAAUCCCAAGCAGAGGAAUGAAAGAAACGCGGAUUCAAACCACUUGGAGCCAGACAUGCAUACGGAUAGAUCGUCUGAAGGUGAUACGAUGCGGGAGGAUUCCUCAUUCGUUGCACCCCCCAUGGAAAGUUACACAUUCAAUAUGGGGAGUGAUGGCGAGGAGACUGACGAUUAUGACCCAUUCAUAGAGAAUACGGCUUAUGUGGCACCUCCGGCAAGAGUAAGAGGUGGUGUUCUUGGUUCAUUAUUGAAGCUUUACCAAAACGAGGAUCCCAAUUUGACUCAAUCUCAGCUUUCUCUGGACGAUUCAUCAAAGGGAUUUUCGGACUCUGGUGACGGUUUUUAUUCCGAGGCAACUACACCACGGUCUUCAAGAUUAAAGUUACCACAGGGUGCUGCUAAUUUGAAAAAGCUUAAAAAUAUUCCAAAGAAUAUUCCCAAAAGUUUGCAUAGUCGUAAUAAAUCAGCGAGUAAAUUGGACGAAUUAGAUGGUAGCGGCAAAACUGAUGCGUCUUUGCCAACCUUCAAAAAUACAAGGCCAAAGGGCAAAAAAGCUAGAAUACCGAAAUUCAAAAAAAGAAUGGCUGCAGAAGCAAAGAUUACCGUUCACAUCGCAGAUUUACUCCAGAGACACAGAUUCGUCCUCCGUAUGUGUAAGGCUUUAAUGCUGUAUGGUGCACCAACUCACAGAUUGGAGGAAUAUAUGGUUAUGACAUCUCGUGUGUUAGAAAUUGAUGGUCAAUUCUUAUACAUACCAGGGUGUAUGAUUGUUUCCUUUGGCGAUGCAACUACAAGAACUUCAGAAGUGCAAUUGGUAAGAGUUGCACAAGGUUUAAAUCUUUGGAAAUUACAUCAAGUUCAUUCAGUCUAUAAAAAGGUUAUUCAUGAUACAAUGAGUGCCGCUGAAGGUAACUUGCUGAUAGAUAAAAUUUUGCAAGACAAAAACUUGUAUUCCCCCUGGAUUUGUGUCUUCCUCUACGGAUUCUGUUCAGCUAUGGUUACACCAUUCGCGUUUGGUGGUGAUUGGAUCAAUUUAGCAAUCUCGUUUUUCAUGGGUUCUUGUGUUGGGUGUUUACAAUAUAUUGUUUCACAACGUUCUAACAUGUAUUCAAAUGUUUUUGAGGUUAGCGCUUCAAUUGUUGUUAGUUUCUGUGGUAGAGCGUUCGGUACAAUUCAUCAUUCUAAGAUUUGUUUUGGCGCAGUUACCCAGGGUUCAUUGGCACUUAUCUUACCGGGGUACAUCAUUUUAUGUGGGUCAUUGGAAUUACAAAGUAGGAAUUUGGUUGCUGGCUCAGUUAGAAUGUUUUACGCGAUCAUCUACUCAUUGUUUUUAGGUUUCGGUAUCACACUUGGAGCUGCGUUGUUUGGAUGGAUGUGUGCAGAAGCUUCUAAUGAUGCUAGCUGUAACACUGGACUAAUAAGCCCACUAUACAGAAUUCUUUUCGUUCCAGCAUUUACAGUAGGAAUCUCCUUGAUCAAUCAGGCAAGUUGGCGACAAUUGCCUGUUAUGGUUGUCAUAUCAUGCACUGGAUAUGUUGUAACAUAUUAUGCGGGCAAACAUUUUCAGAAUUCAACCGAAUUUACAGCAGCUUUAGCAGCUUUUGUUAUUGGAUUGAUGGGAAAUCUAUAUUCACGAAUAUGGCAAGGUUUAGCUGUUUCAGCAAUGCUGCCGGCAAUAUUUGUACAGGUUCCAUCUGGUGUCGCUUCGCAAAGCUCCUUAUUGGCAGGUAUACAGAGUGCUAACGAACUGACAAAUCACGGCAACUCUACGGGUGGCACGGCAGAUUUGUCUUCAUCGAUGGCAUUCGGUGUCACUAUGGUUCAAGUCUCAAUCGGUAUCACUGUUGGCCUUUUUGCAUCGUCCUUGUUCAUAUACCCAUUCGGUAAGAAGAAAACAGGGCUAUUUAGUUUGUGA